GGAAGAAGAAAGGAACAAACUGGGGCGCAGACUUGCAUGUUGUCCUUUAAACCAGGUGUUCUGCUCAAAGUUCACUACACUUACAGCCAACUUAUAGAAUGUGGACGUUUACCAUCGAAUUUCGAAUUUUAAUGAUGAGUUCCUUUACUGAUUGCUGGGGGGACUAAAGGGAUGCUGCAGCUGACAAGGUACUCCACAGUGGCCUUUGUUGAGCAGCAACACUGAAAGAUUAAAAAGCUAGGCGCAUCUGUUUCUGUUAUCAGAAGUCUAAUGGGAAAUUCAACAUCAGAAGAUGUUUCUCGUGACAAUGUUGACAACUUUGCAUCUGUCUCUGGGUUCACACAGAAGGAGCUUGGACAGCUGAUAAAGCGGUAUGCCGCUUAUGAUAAAUCAGAGAAAGGUCACAUCGGGAUAACACUUUCUGAUUGCCUGACUAUAAUAGAAUUCUGUGGAAAUAAGUUCAUAGCAAGCAUCAUAGAGGCCCACCUGAAUGAGUCUACACAUCGAAUUCACCUGAAAUCAUUUAUAGAUCUUUGCACUCUUCUCAGUUCUAAAACUCCAGUGGAAGCAAAGAAAAAUUAUCUGUUUCAACUUGUGGAUGUGUGUGGCGCAGGAGUACUGACCCAUGACGAGGUGUUUCGCUUGUACAAGUUAAUGUUUGGAGCUGCUAUUUCAGAUGAUCAUAUCUUAAGUCUGACAUUCCUUGCUCUCAAACACCCAGAUCUAAUUCACCCAGGAGAAAUUACAAAAAAUGAAUUCUUAAAGAUGAUUCCAGACAAUGAGGUCUUGUCAAGAAUGACUGUUGACUUUUUAGCUUAGAGAGAUAAAGAGAGAUAAUUACUAGAAUGAGAGAAUGGGAAAGAGAUGUCUUAAACUGUUUUUAUUUUGCUCGUUAAUGAAAUAACAAUUAAACACAUCUCUUUUCCGUUUUUUCUGUUAUUAGAUUUUACGAUUUUACAAAUAGCUUUUUAAUUAACCCUUAAUCUUUCUGAGUUGUUCUGUUGCGCUGUUCAAUCAACAUGUUAACCCACAUUAAUUUGUGAUAAAACAAAAUAUUUUUUAAAAAAAUCUUCUUAAACUAUAACGUUUUAUUGUUAAAUAUGCUGUCCAAUACCAUGUGGAAAAUAUUAGAUGUCAU